AUGGCUGCCCUUGCAUCCGCUCCCCGGUACCCAGACCUCACCCUCACCCUCACCCUCACCAUCACAUCUUCAUAUCAUAGACCCCCAAUCCCCAGCUCUCACCAUGACCUCCCCCUCCACCCUCGCACAAUCCCUCACCCCGCAGCCAUCCACGCCGCCUACACCCUCAUCCAACCCCACGUGCACCAGACCCCCCUCCUGACCUGCCAAACGCUCAACACCAUCGCCUCGACCCCUCAAUCCGCAGAAGCUUUGAGUGUUACCCCCUACGAGGGCCAAGCCCCCGCCAACCCGACCUUCCGGUUCUUCUUCAAAUGCGAGAACUACCAGCGGAUCGGCGCGUUCAAGGCGCGAGGGGCCUUCCACGCGCUGCUGCGGCUGAUCGCGGAGAAGGGGAAGGAGGAGGUGGCGAGAAGAGGGGUGAUUACGCAUAGUUCGGGAAACCAUGCGCAAGCGCUCGCUCUGGCCGCCUCCACCCUCGGGGUCCCGGCCUACAUCAUCAUGCCGACCAUCAGCACGCCAUCCAAGAUCGCAGGGACAAAGUCGCACGGCGCGGAGGUGAUCUUCAGCGGGUCUACCAGUGUUGAGCGGGAGGCUGUGGUGGAGGAGGUGCAGGCGAAGACGGGGGCGAUCCUGGUGCCGCCGUAUGACGACUUCAAUAUCAUCUGCGGUCAGGGCACGUGUGCGCUUGAGCUGGAGGGCCAGUAUCGGGACCUUGUGAAGGAAAAGCCGCAAUUGAGUAUUCGCUCCGAGGGAAAGGCGCUCGACGCGGUGAUUACGCCUAUCGGAGGAGGGGGGCUGAAUGCCGGUGUUGCGACGUUUUUCUCAGAUAAGACGACGAAGGUGUUUGGUGCGGAGCCGAGCUUUGAGGGCGGCGAUGAUUGUCGUCGCGGGUUGGACACCGGGGAACGUGUUGAUGCGGUGUCGACGCUGACCAUUGCGGAUGGGCUGCGCACGCCCGUCGGGCUGUUGAAUUGGGAGGUCAUCGCGGACCGGGAGAAGGUUGCGGGGGUGUUUGCUGUCACGGAGGAGCAGAUCAAGGCGGCGAUGCGGCUGGUGUUAGAGCGGAUGAAGGUGGUGGUGGAGCCGAGUGCCGUGGUGGGUUUGGCGGUUUGUCUGUACAAUGAGGAGUUUCGACGACUGGUGGAGAAGGAGGCUCCGGAGGGGUGGGACGUGGGCAUUGUGUUCAGUGGAGGAAAUACCACUGUCGAGGCGAUCGGGAAGCUGUUCAGCUGAGGUUGCGG